UAUCACCACUGUUGAUGCACUGAGAAGAAAAGUAACCGAGUGAUGUUAUUGUUUGUUAUACAUUCGUGUCUUGUUAGCCUAACUUGACCGAGUUUAAUUCAAUUUUCUUAAGCUAUCUAUUCCUACUGAAGAACUUUAAUUUAUUUAUUUUCAGUUUUAAUAAUAUAAUUAAUAAUAGAACUUAUUUUUAUGUGUGUGAUUGUUGCAUUUUAUGGAUGAUUUGGUCUGAUUUGAUCUGCAUAUACGAGUUGAGGAUUUGUCUUUUCACAUUGUUUUCUGACGGCAAAUAAGUCGUUUUUUUCAUUUUUGUGUUAAUUCGGUUCGGAGAAAGUCAAGAAAAUCAAAGCAUAAGAACACCAAUAGGGAUGGACUCGCACCAGGAAUUAAACGACGAAGACAACUUGGAAAUUGAUGAGAGUCUGACCAACUUGAUCGUCAACUACCUGCCGCAAACUAUGUCGCAAGACGACCUCAAGAGUCUCUUUUCAAGUUUAGGAGAACUAGAAAGCUGCAAAUUAAUAAGAGACAAAGCCACUGGAAUGAGUUUGGGUUACGGUUUCGUGAACUACAAAAAUCCGGACGAUGCUCAGAAAGCCCUGCAAACGCUGAGCGGACUCCGUCUCCAGAAUAAAACAAUCAAGGUUUCCUUGGCUAGGCCGUCUAGUGAAACGAUCAAAGGCGCCAAUUUAUACGUUAGUGGGAUUUCUAAGAACUGGCAAGUGACAGAGCUGGAUAAUUUGUUUAAGCCUUACGGUCAGAUAAUUACUUCUCGAAUUUUAUCUGAUCCCCAAACUGGUCUGUCAAAAGGCGUGGGAUUCGUGAGGUUCGACACGAGACCAGAGGCAGAGGCUGCCAUCAAGCAGUUGAACGGAACCAUUCCAACCGGGACGACAGAGCCCAUCACGGUGAAAUUUGCAAACACGCCGUCGGCAUCAACGGCCAAGACCCCACCAGUCACUCAACUUCCUAUCCAAGCAGUUGCAGCUGUUGGAGUCAGUCCAGCCACCGUACAAACGGCUUCUUACUUAGCUCCAACUAGAAGAUUGGUCGGUCCUAUCCACCAUCAGGCCGCUAGAGUCAGAUACUCACCUUUGGAGAACCCUCUUACUUCUUACACGAACGGGAUCAUAAGUGGCGCAAGCAACACCAGCCUGAGUACAACUGGAUUUUGUUUGUUCGUCUACAAUCUUGCUCCAGAGACAGACGAAAGCGUUUUGUGGCAGUUGUUCGGACCAUUCGGAGCCGUGCAAAACGUCAAAGUCAUGCGAGAUGCUUCGACAAAAAAAUGCAAAGGAUUUGGUUUUGUAACGAUGACCAACUACGACGAAGCCCUGCUUGCCAUUACGGCCCUCAAUGGCUACCCAAUCAACAACAGACCCCUUCAGGUCAGCUUUAAAAAAGCGAAGGGUGGAACAGUCCUGCAGCAAGCAGUCAGCCACAGCGUUGCUUCAGCGGCUCUUUCUACUCCAACAAUAAUGACCAUUCCUACCUUACAGUAAAUGCCGGCAUUCAAUUUCUUCAUUUGUAAUAUAUGAACUUAUUUAUAAUUUCGUUACAGUCGACAGCAUAGUGUAAUUGUGAGCUACGAGUCAUUUUAAUUGUAAUAUUUGCAUACAUAUAUUAUAUAUAUUUUAAUAUUUCGAGUUAUUCUUUUCCUGUUUAUUGUGUUUUAACAAAAUUUUUACAUGUCUGUCAAUUUAUUUGUUGUUGUUUUAUUCGAUCAUUUUUUGCUGAAUUUGAAUAAAAUGUUAUGCAAUAACUAAA